GGAAAGUGCAUAGUAUAUACUGGCUGUUUGCUCUUUCCAACACAUUACUUUGUAUCUUGCUAUAGAUUGGUUGCUUGGCUAAAAUGGGACUCACACGGGCACCUAAAGAAAGCUUUUUCUGCAUCUUGUUGCUUCUGUUAUUAAUGGGAGCGCGAGUUCUAAAAGCUGAAGUUCUUUGGACAGCCAAUGUAAACUUAUCCUAUGUGCUGGAGAACAAGACAUGGACGGAAGGGGAAGAGCUCGGCGUUUAUGGACAAGAGUCUCCCAUAGAAAAGGCCUGGGGAUUAAUGGUUCUCCCAAAGAGAAGCAGAGACGGAUUAACUGCUUGUAAUCCCAAUGCGAGUUUUAGCGUCCCAGAAGGCUGGAAUGGACCUUGGAUUGCUCUGAUACAGAGAGGAGGGGGCUGCACUUUUACAGAGAAGAUCAAUGCAGCAGCAAAAAGAGGGGCCAAGGCUGUGGUCAUUUUCAACAACGCUGGACCAGACACCAACGAUGUCAUUGAAAUGUCACAUUCUGGCACAAAAGACAUUGUGGCCAUAAUGAUUGGUAAUCUAAAAGGUAAUGAGAUUGUGCAACUCAUCAAUGAUGGCGUACAAGUUACCAUGGUGAUAGAGGUUGGAAGGAAGCACGGAUACGUUAUGACGCACUACUCCAUCUUUUUUGUCUCUGUGUCGUUCUUCAUCGUUACAGCAGCCACCAUAGGCUACUUCAUCUUUUACUCUGCUCGAAGGUGGAGGGCGACACGAGCUCAGAACCAAAAGCAGAACAAAUUAAAAGCUGAAGCAAAGAAAGCUAUUGGCCAGCUGCAGCUUCGUACCAUCAGACAAGGAGAUAAGGAACUUGGUCCAGACGCUGACAGCUGUGCUGUUUGUAUUGAGGUUUACAAACCAAAUGAUGUUGUGCGUAUUUUGACAUGCAACCAUUAUUUCCACAAGAACUGCAUUGAUCCAUGGCUCCUCGAGCAUAGAACAUGUCCAAUGUGCAAGUGUGACAUCCUAAAAUCACUAGGAGUUGCACCCGUUGAUGAAGAAGAGAUGGAUACAUCCUUAGCAAUACCCUCUGUUUCCAGUGAAAUCCAGAGAGGUACAGUUCAUAUAGAAGAGGAAACUCACAGUGACAAUGCAUCCUCUGGAUAUGCCUCUAUUCAUGCUGGAGAUGAGCCAACAGAGAAUGAGGAGCGUAUUUAUGAUAAUUUGGAACUUGUAAACAAUGACACCUCCACCAUGGCAAUUGCUGUCCUUCCUCACAUGGAUAACCCAACCUUUCAAAGUGAUGAAACCCAGACACAAGAUGUUAAGUCAUGAAAACAGACAUACAGCUCAGUCCUGUCUCCUCCUUCAAAAUGAGACACUCUGUAUGUUGUAAUCAGACUUCUCACUGGUGUAGAAUAAUCCCAACACACUGGUUAAAUUUACUUUUUAUUUUUAAAAUCCCAGCCCAACAAGUUCAGUAGUUGGGCAAUGAGAAUGUAAUUUUUUUUUUAAAAAUCCAUUCAUAAAUAUUAAGAAUGCACUGAAGCCUCAUAUAAGUGCUUCUUUGCAGUAAGCACAUUUUUAGUUUGCAAUGACUAGAUCUUGCAAGUAGAAAGUCAAUGAAGUGCUCGUUUUUGUUUUGUAACUAAAUAAUUUCCAGUUUUACAGCAAUUUUACAAUGAUAAAUUAAGACUGUUUUCAUUCUACAAUAGAUACCUCAUAAAAUAAUGGGCCUACUUACCUGUAAUAUAUAUAUAUUGUAUUUAUAAUCAUAAUUGAGGCAAAUACUGCUUUUACAUAAUGAGUUUUAUCAAUCGCUGAAGAAUCCUUUUGCUGUUGCUGCCAGUCAUAUCCUGCUCAUGAUCAGCUCAGCAGCACUCCUUAACUUGAUUGUGUUUAAUCUCUUACAAUAGUAAAAAAGCUCCAAUUUACAUGCAUGUGCCUUUUAAAGUCCUUCUGAAUGAUGUCUAAGGAGUAUAGAAAGUAACCUACUAUAGUCUUGUAUAGUCUUGCAGGCGCUCUUUUUUUUUUUUUUUUUUUUAAUUCCUCUGUUAGCAAGCACGAAAUGCGCUAUGUUUCAUAAAAUAUAGAUUACAAAGUAAACAAAUACAUGUAUAUAUUUUUUUAAUUUCAUAUACUAUAUAUAAAACAGUUUAUUGGAUUCACAUUAAUAAAAUUAUUUUUCUAGCAGAUGUUUUACUGUAUUUUAUGAAGCAUAUGGGCCAUAGUAAAAUAAACAUGAAUUUAUUCUUAUAUACCUUUAAUUAGUUAUUUUUUUAAAAUUAAUGUAUCCAUGCCCUAAGAAGUCAUUAGCAUUAAAGAACAUACUGACUGAAUUCUUCUGGAGACAUAUAUUUUAAUUAGUACAAGUAGAAUUUAAAGGAACAUCAAACUUUUUUUUCCUCACUAUUUAGAGUGUACAAUUAAACUUUUUUUUUUUUAAAUCCAUUUUACUUUUUAAAAAUAAAAAAUAAAAAUGUAUUCACAAAUUUACUUUGCAUCCUCGGUUGAGAGGCAAGUAGUUAGGCUCAGGAAUACACCAUUUUGAGUUUCAUGCCCCUUUAAGACCUUACAUCUUGAUGUCAAACUUUUUUUUAGUGUAUCCAUGAUCUGAAUAUUUAUUCACACAAUAUUAUUUUUUAAUUUUUUUUGCUGAUAAAGUGAAAUAUUUUAAUUAUUGAAUGUCAAUAUUUUGUAAUUAGCAAUCAGUUCUGUGCCUAGGACCACUGAAAUACAAUUUCACCAAUUGUGUCUUUACAUGUAAAAAUCUUAUUUUUCAGAUAUGUACUAUUAAAAGUAUUUCACCAUGGUUUUUAAAGUGACAAGCUAAAUUUUUUCCUAACAUUUGUAUCACGUUUUCACCUGUAUUGGUAAUAAGAAAAUAUAAACAUUUAACAGGUUAUUUUUUAUCGUCUUAAACAUUUAGCUAUUAUAUCCCUACUUAAAAAACAUGCAAUUUAUAGUAUUAAGGGGGAAAAUUCCAAUUAUUAAAUGUUUAAUGUAACUUUGGUUAAACCAUGGUGUGUUCUCAUGGUUUUUAAAAAACAAACAAAAAAGUUAAUUGCUAAGAGGGUGUUUAAAGGGUGCUAGAUUGUCUUUAACCCCAAGCUCAGACUUUAUUAUUUUCUUAACACAAUCCAUGUCUAACCUAUUUUACCUUUUUGAACUUUCACUUUGGUGUGUUCUUGCUAGGAGAAAAAAAAAAAACCUGAAUUGAUAGAAUACUACAACAUCCUCCAUAAUCAGUUUGUGUUAAAUUAUUUCAACCAAAUAAGUGCCUUUAAAGGGACAUGACACCUGAUUUUAAAAAUGUUUUCACGUUAUUUUAGUUUAUUUCUAUAUUCUCAAAUGUACAUUGUUCUGUGUAUCUACAGUUUUGAGCACUAGAUGGCAGCAAUAUAUCACUGUUAAAAGCAUUGUUGCAAAACUGCCCUAGAGUACAAAUGCCUGACUCUUCCUAGCUAUGAUCUUCAGCAAAGGAUACCAAGAGAACACUGUAAAUUUUGAUAACUGAAGUAAAUUAGAUUUUUUUUUAAAUUGUACAUUCUAAAUAAUCACUGAAAAUUUCAACUGUGAAUAGUCAGUUUCCCAGAUGACUUUUAUGAACCAUGAAAAAUCUAAUUGCUUUGCAAUAAACGGUUAAACUGAAAAGCUUUCAUAGGUGCAAUACAGAACCUUUCUUGAGUGACUUUUUUUUUUUUUAACUUAAAUUUUGCUAUUUUAACUUUUCCAGUUUGUCUUCAAAACUGUAUCGCACAUGGCAAACAACUUAUUUACACUAAACUUGAAAUCUUUUUUUAUUGAUCUUAUUUAACUUUUAAUAAAAUGUCAGCUUUUAUAAUUAGCCACCCCUUUAGUAUCACAAGUUGUUUGAACACUGACCAUUUUUCUAAUUUAAAGAAAAAAAAUGCACUUUAUUACUCAUGUCAUUUUUAUGCAGUAGCCUCUCUGAGUGAAAUGUGAACAGAUAAAUGUGUAUUAUGUGAAGAUAUAUACUGAUUUUACUUUACCCAGAAAAAUUUAAUUAUGGAAACCUUAAAUGAUUUGGGAACAUGCAGCACAUGUUAUACUUUGUAAAUAGUAAUGAUUUGUUUUACUAAAUGUUCUGUAAAUAAAUAAAAUUUAAUUACAA